UAGCAACGUAAGGUGGCUCUAGCGUCCCUGGUCCCGCCAUGCCUGUGCGGGUGAGCGACUUCAGCUGGCAGCAGACGCCGGCCGCAGUCUUCCUGUCGCUGCCUCUGCGCGGCGUGUGCGUGCGCGACGCCGACGUGUUCUGUGGGGAAAGUUACCUGAAGGUCAACUUUCCUCCGUUUUUAUUUGAGCUGUUUCUUUAUGCUCCCAUAGAUGAUGGGAGUAGCAAAGCCAAGAUUGGGAAUGACACAAUUCUGUUUACAUUGUAUAAAAAGGAGCCAGUUGUGUGGGAGAGUCUUUCCAUGCCAGGUGUUGACAAAGAGAUGAUGCAGAGAAUAAGAGAAAAGUCCAUUUUGCAAGCACAGGAGAAAGCAAAGGAAGCCACAGAGGCAAAAGCUACUGCCAAGCGGGAAGAUCAGAGAUACGCACUGGGCGAGAUGAUGAAGAUUGAAGAAGAAGAGAGGAAAAAAAUCGAAGAUAUGAAAGAAAAUGAACGGAAAAAAGCAAGUAGAGAAUUGGAAGCUUGGAAAGAAUGUCAAAGAAAAGCCGAAGAACAAAGAAGAAUCCCGAAGAAAGAGGUGUGCCGACAGAGAAAGCAAGCCGAAGAGAGGGCAGCACUGAAACCUCAGAGUUUGCCCAGGAAGGCCCCGCCUGCUCACCUCCCCACAAGAGGGAGGAAUUGGGAAAACAUAUUUUCUGAGAAGUUAAAGGAAGACAGAGUUCCUGCGCCUCGCUCUGCUGGCAGAAUUCAAAUCAGCUUUACCCCUCGAGUAUUCCCAACUGCUCUUCGGGAAUCCCAAGUCGCAGAAGAGGAGGAGUGGCUGCAUAAGCAAGCAGAGGCUCGCAGAGCCCUCAGCACCGAUCUUCCCGAAUUCUGCGACUUAAAAGAAGAAGAGAAGAAUCCAGACUGGUUGAAAGAAAAGGGAAACAAACUGUUUGCAACAGAAAACUAUUUGGCAGCGGUUAAUGCAUAUAAUUUAGCCAUACGACUAAAUAGCAAGAUUCCACUAUUGUAUUUGAAUCGGGCUGCUUGCCACCUCAAACUCAAAAACUUACACAAGGCCAUUGAGGACUCUUCUAAGGCACUAGAGUUAUUGACACCACCUGUUGCCGACAAUGCCAAUGCAAGGAUGAAGGCACAUGUCCGGCGAGGAACAGCGUUCUGUCAACUAGAAUUGUAUGUUGAAGGCUUGCAAGACUAUGAAGCUGCCCUUAAGAUCGACCCAGACAACACAGUUGUACAAAAUGAUGCGGAGAAGAUUCGGAGUAUAAUUCAAGGGACAGCACUGACGUCUCAGGACUAGAGACAGUUAGGAACCGGGUCUCUCUCUGUCAGUACUCUAGGUCAGUGCAGAGCCAAGUGCUAGAGAUCCCUCGGAAAGGCAGUGCCUGAGGCCUCAUACCCAAAGUGAGAACUGCCUGCUUCACCACUUGGUCCCAGCCCGGGGAAGGCAGAGGCAGGCAGGUCUCUGUGAGUUUGAAGCCAGCCUGGUCUAUAUACGGAGUUCCAUGUCAGCCAGUGCUACACAGCGAGACCCUGCUUAGAAACACAAAACAAGGCCCAGCGAACAGGCUGCUUUAGCUCUUGGUCAUAGCUUGGGCUUUGAUGUUGCCAUCUUGAACUGUCCUUGCUCUUGUAACUAAGCAGUUGUUGUUGGGGUCUCCCGGGCACUACUGGGAAUCAAUGGGAUAGAAUUUCCAC